GCUCAGCAUACUACGCUGACCACAUCCGAGCAGGAUGAUACGAAGACUGCUUACUUUGGCCGUCUGCGUCGGGCUCCUCGGAGCCGCAUCGGCGCUGAUAAGGGUUCCCCUGCACAAGAUGAAAAGCGUCAGGCAGCAAUACCGAGAGUUCGGUUGGCCACUAGACUUUACUCACGAUUGGUCCUUGAGUGAAACCAACGGACCCAUUCCGGAGCCUCUCAAGAACUACAUCGACCUCCAGUACUAUGGCAACAUCACUUUGGGCACCCCACCUCAAGUCUUCGCGGUCAUCUUCGACACAGGCUCGUCAAACCUCUGGGUGCCUUCCAGCCGGUGCCCACCGAGCAGUGCCGCAUGCCGCGUGCACCACAAGUACUACAGCAAUGAGUCCAGCACGUACGUCAAGAACGGCACCCACUUCGAGAUUGAGUAUGGAAGCGGUAGCGUGAAGGGCGAACUCAGCUCGGACACAUUCGGCUUGGGCAACGUGAGGGUCAAGGGCCAGACAUUCGCGGAGAUCACAGACGAAGACAGUGAAAGCUUCGCCGUGGCAAAGUUUGACGGCGUGCUGGGCUUGGGCUACCCACAGGGGGCAGUCCUCAAUGUACCGCCCGUCUUCGAUCUCAUGUUGGAUCAAGGCCUAGCGGAGAAACCCGUGUUUUCCUUCUAUCUCGACCGCAACGCUGAGGACCCAAAUGGAGGCGAAGUACUUUUCGGUGGCAUCGACGAGGCGCACUACAAGGGAGAUAUCACCUACCUGCCCGUCACCAGGAAGGCCUAUUGGCAGUUCAACAUGGACGGAAUUAGCCUAUCUGACAAGGCGACCUUCUGCAAAGGGGGCUGCCAAGCAAUCGCUGACACCGGCACGUCCAUGCUCGUUGGACCAUCCGUUGACGUCAAGAAGAUCAACAAGCUCAUCGGGGCUAAGGAAGUGUCACCUGGACAGUAUCUUGUGGACUGCGACGCACUCCCGUCGUUGCCGAAGAUUACCUUUCACCUAAGCAAGAAGGAGUUUACGCUAAGUGCAGACGACUAUAUCUUGAAGGUGAAGCAACAAGGAACCACUUUCUGCAUGAGUGGCUUCACUCCCAUGGACUUCCCACCGGAAGUGGGACAGCUGUGGAUUCUGGGCGACAUGUUCAUAGGCCGCUACUACACCAUCUUCGACAGAGGCAACGACCGCGUGGGCUUUGCCGAGGCCCGGUAGUCACCAUCU